GCAUUCUGCAGACCUGAUGAAUGAAAGCAGCCUCCUCCUUUGCAGGCUUUCCCAGAAACAUCUACCUCCUGAAUCACGAAGAUUUAUGUAUGCCAUGAGCCCAGCCUGGGAAUGCUCUGAGCCGAGCUCAGCAAGGAUGCCUGAAAUGUGGUCGUGGCAAGUCUUUCCUCGUCAUCUGCAGUUAGCCCCGAGUUUCAUAAACCUCCUGAAAGCAGUCUGAAUGCCAGAAUGGAUAACCGUUUUGCUACAGCAUUUGUAAUUGCUUGUGUGCUUAGCCUCAUUUCCACCAUCUACAUGGCAGCCUCGAUUGGCACAGACUUCUGGUAUGAAUAUCGAAGUCCAGUUCAAGAAAAUUCCAGUGAUUUGGCCAAAAGCAUCUGGACCGACUUCGAGAGUGAUGAGGCAGAUGAAAAGACUUAUAAUGAUGCGCUUUUCCGGUUUAAUGGCACAGUGGGAUUGUGGAGACGGUGUAUCACUAUACCUCCAAACACAUACUGGUAUAGCCCACCAGAAAGGACAGAGUCAUUUGAUGUCACAAAAUGCAUGAGUUUCACGCUAAAUGAGCAGUUCAUGGAGAAAUUUGUUGAUCCUGGAAACCACAAUAGUGGAAUUGAUCUGCUUCGGACCUAUCUUUGGCGUUGCCAGUUCCUCUUACCUUUUGUCAGUCUGGGUUUGAUGUGCUUUGGAGCCGUAAUUGGACUUUGUGCUUGCAUCUGCCGGAGUUUGUAUCCCACCAUUGCCACAGGCAUUCUGCAUCUCCUUGCAGGGCUGUGCACACUGGGCUCAGUGAGUUGUUAUGUUGCUGGGAUUGAACUACUCCACCAGAAACUAGAACUACCUGAGAACGUGUCUGGUGAAUUUGGAUGGUCCUUCUGCCUGGCGUGUGUCUCAGCUCCCCUACAGUUCAUGGCUUCUGCCCUCUUCAUCUGGGCUGCUCACACUAAUCGGAAAGAGUACACCUUAAUGAAGGCCUAUCGUGUGGCAUGAGUGGGAAGUUGCCUGCUUUGCAAUUGCCAUUUUUAUUAUGUUUUUAGUAUUAAUAUUUUCUCUUGUCUCCCCUCCCGUUGUUUUUAAUUUAAUUUUUUUGAGUGGAUCUACCAUUUUAUCCUGAAAAUCUAUUUUAUUUAUUCACACAGACAAUUGUUUCUUAAUACCACUAAAAUGUAUAUGGAUUAUUCUGAAUGAUUCCAUCUUUUAAACAAACCAAUGUGGGUUCAGAGUCCAGAGAGCAAGAAGUGGGUAGACGGUUGGCACAAAUUUCUGAAAGAAAAUUGAUAGUGGGAGAUUGACCCAAAGCAAGUCCUACUGAUGUCGGUUAGACUUUUCAGUAAAUAGCUAGCUGUUCAACUAGAAACCCUUUAGUGUCUCUGGGAAACCUUUCAUUGUCAAAACUUAAUGGUCACUGUGCUGUUGUAGAUAGCCAGUCAGCCAGAAGUAUUAGUGCUAUUUUCAGACUUAAGCUAUAUAAAAUAAGGAGAUUAGCUAAGAGCCUUUUCCCCAAAUAUUGGCAUAUAGCUUUAUUCAAGGUGAAGUAUGGCAGCUGUUUAUCUAUACUGUGUUUGUCUACAAGAAAGGAAGUGAAAAAUACAGUGUUUACUUGAAACUUUAACUUCGUAACUGCAGGAAUUCCAAUUCAGCCAGACAAGAGGAUUAACCUUAUUUUACUUUACCUUUUUUUGUAUUUUUUUUUUUUUUUUAACUCUCCUUAGUAUGUCAAUAGGAUUUUCAGUACCACCAAACCAUUUUGGAUUUUUCCUCCUUG